AUGGGGUCUAGGGAGAAUCCCAGAUCCCUGGCCCUGAACUACCAGAGCCGCCAUCGGGCCGUAGCUCUGGAGAAGCAGGCCAGCGCCAGGCGAGAGACGGUGCGUGCUCGACGGCUAGCCCUGGCAUCAGCCAGUGACAGCUCCCAGGCCUCCACCACGCAGGAGGCUGAAGGGGAGGAGGUCUCCAGCCCCACCAGGAGCCCGCAGGCCCCCUCCAGCCGCAGGGCGGCUGCCUCCGGUCGGGAAGCGUAUGCGCAGCAGCUCAUGCUCCCGGAGUGGAUGCUGGAGGUCCCCGCAGACCUGGCCACCAACUGGUACGUGGCGGCUCGGCCCGAGGGCGUGCGCUGUCUGGUGAUCGCCUCGCGCGGCCUGACCACCGCCCGGCUGAGAAAUGGCGUGGUCCAUGCCCGCUUCGCCAGCGCGCUGCCCGGCGGCAGCCCCGAGACGACCCGCGGCGAGGACAGCUACUGCCUGCUGGACUGCGUGCACCACGUGGCCGACGCCACCUACUACGCCCUGGACGCCAUGGCCUGGAACGGGCACCCCUUGUACCAUUGCACCACCGAGUUCCGCGCCUUCUGGACCGCCUCCAAGCUGGCCGAGGCGGGGCCGGGGCGGGGCGGCGGGGCGGCCUUGCCGCAAUUCGCGCCCGUGCCCUGGCUCGCGGCGGACGCGGCGGGGCUGGCGGCGGCCUACGGAGGGGCGGCGCCCUACGCGCGCGACGGCCUCGCCUUCCUGCACCGCGAGGCGCACUACACCCCGGGCCAGUCGCCGCUGAGCCUGCUGUGGAAGGAUCAGGCCUGCAGCAAGUACGUCAUCGACACCGACGCGGCAGGCGUCCCCCUACCCGCGCAGCGGCUGGUGCUGGCGUACCGCAUGGACGGCAGCGUGGCCACUGGGGACGUGGAGCCCUGCGCCCUAGGCCGCAUGCCCCCCGGCUUCCAGGCCGGCACGGGGCGAGGCCUUGGGCCGGGCACCCUGCUCCGCUUCGAGCUGGGGCCGGGCGGGUUCACCUUGCUGGACGGCUGCCCCGUGGGCGCCGACCUGCGCUUGCUCGGCGUGGCGGGGGCGCGUCGGGGGCGCGCGGACACGCUCAGCAAGGUGCAGGCAGCGCCAGGGCUGUGCACCCAGCCCCCGACCCCGGUCUUCGAUGCGGGGACGCAGAUGGUGCCGGCGACGCAGACACCACAGGCCACGGCCACGACACGGGAGGGCGUGCCGGCGAGCCAGGCGCCAGGCAGCACGCCUCUCAUGGCUGGCCUGACACAGACGUCGGGCGGGGAGGAGGCGGGCGACCAGGCGGUGACCUCGCCCUCGCGCGGUGACACGCAUGCCGCGGCGCCGCCGCGGUCACGGGCCUAUGUGGCCAGCCCCAGAACUCUACAGACGAGCGACUUCACGGCCGGCUCCAUCGAGUCGGCGAGGCCCCGCCAGGAGAUGGCGACCUUGGGGGGGCUCGCCCCGGGCGCCGCCUGGACCGACGCGGGCCUGGAGGCGCGGGAGGCGGUGCGCACGUUGCUGGUCAAGACCUGCACGCCCUCCAGCGCGGCCUUCGAGCCCGCGCAGCCGCCCGCCCUGCCCGCCUGGGUGGCGCUGGCGCUGGCGUCCCUGCCCGCGCCGCGCCGCGACGCCAGCCUGCUGCUGGCGCUGCGGCGCGGCCCGGCGCAGGCCUGGGCCCCGCUCGGGGUCGGGCCCCUGCCCCUGCGAGCGGUGGGGAGGGAGGGGGAGGUUGCCGCCGCCCCCGCGACAAAGAGGGGGACGCGUACCAAGAGCCUGCAGGAGCUGGCGCGAACCGCGCCCCAGGUCGGCGUCGACUCUGCGAUCGACUGCUGUGCGAAGGCGCAGAGGGAGCGCGGCUGGCACGCGCGCAAGCUGUACUACGAGCGGACCUACCGCGCCGCCCUGGACGCCGCCAUGAGGUUGGGCCCCAGGCCCCGGCGGCCCUGA